AUGCUUGAUCCAUUUUACAUUUUGAAGAUGUUUUUGAAAGAGAUGGUGGAAAUUAGAAUGAAAGAUGGAGAAGUGUAUUCUGGUGUACUGGAAGGAUUUGAUGAGCAUAUAAGCAUUGUUGUUUCGUUGCCAUAUAGUGAGAAUUCUGAAGAGUCCAUCAUGCUUUUGAGAGGAGAAGAUAUUCUUUCUAUAGGGAAAUGCCGAUCAGAAGUUAAUGAGCUAGUUCCAGAAAUAAAAUGCUAUGAUUAG